AUGCUACCCGGCUGUGAGGGCAUGAAGCUCAUUGUUAGCUCGGCCUACCUGCCCGGGGAGCACACAGAUCCGUCGACGGCUCUCGCUCCACUGGUGGAGUAUUGUGAGGACCAGAAUGCCCAGCUUGUGAUAGGGGCCGAUUGCAAUUCCCAUCACACAGCCUGGGGAAGUACGGAUACCAACAAGAGAGCUAUGGAAAAGGUGAUCAAUCUUCAUAUUAGAAUGGGCUACCUCACACAAAACCCACUACAUGUGAAGCAGCACGCCUAUCAGAAGGGCAAAUCUACGGAAACUGCCCUAAUUGAACUUACUGAUAGGAUUGAGAAAGCACUAGAGGACAAAGAAAUUGCCCUCUGUGCUUUUCUAGAUGUAGAGGGUGCUUUUGAUAACACCUCGACGAAUGUCAUUCUCAAAUGUAUGAGGGACAAAAACAUCGACAACACCACACUUACGUGGAUAGAAUCGAUGCUAACCAACAGGACUGUUAAAACAACACUCCUGGACAAGAGCAUUGAGGUUAAAAUAACAAGAGGAUGUCCCCAAGGUGGCGUACUAUCGCCCCUGGAGUGGUCCAUUGUUGUCGACACCCUGCUCUGUGAGCUCAAUGAAGCUCGCUUCGACACUCAGGGCUACGCUGAUGAUCUCGUCAUAACCAUCAAAGAGGCUCGAUCAGCUAUGCUACGGGCUGCUGAAGGAGGCAGGAACCGAUGGCACUCGGCUGUGUUCAGCUCGCUUCACCGAGAGCUUCUCAGUACCCAUGCCAUGGCGAUGCCUUCCGACGCUAUGGAAACGGAGUACUGUUUCUCAAGGCUCUUCUCAGUUGAGAUACCAGAAAGGGAGAAGUGGAAUGAUGAUAAGGCCCUUCAAACUUUCCGGUCGGGAGACAUCGUGUGGUACACCGAUGGAUCCAAAAAGGAAGGCCUGGCAGGUUCAGGCAUUUACGGAGAAAGGCCAAGAGCGCGCAAAUAUGCGAGCCUGGGAAGGUUUGCCUCCGUAUUCCAAGCCGAGAUAUAUGCCAUCAUUGGAUGUGCAUACGAAAACCUGGAUAGAGCCUUCACUCGGAGGAAUAUAUUUAUUCUGUCAGACAGCCAAGCUGCUCUUAAAGCAUUGACUUCUGCAGAAGUUAACUCCAAACUUAUAAUGGAGUGCAUCCUCAUCCUGAACAAAAUUGGAGCUAACAAUAGAGUGACCCUGCGAUGGGUGCCCGGACAUUGUGGCAUCAAUGGCAAUGAGGAAGCAGAUGAGCUCGCACGUUUGGGAGCAGAAAGCCUACCGUUGGGCCCCGAGCCCAUCAUCGGGCUACCAAAAUGCACCAGUCGUCGCGAGAUCAAGGACUGGGCACAGAACCAAAGCUUAGAGGCUUGGAAUAAUGUACCAGGGCAACAUCAUGCAAGAGCCCUAAUCGUGGGCUAUUCGCAGAAAUUUACGCGUCGAGCUUUAGAGCUCACACGCAACCAGUUAAGGGUCUUGACAAGAACCUUAUCAGGUCACUGUAGGUUGAACAGUCACUUACAUAAAAUGGGUCUGUCCGAUACUCCAACUUGUAGAUUCUGCAAUGAAGAGGACGAAACGCCCAUGCAUAUUCUCUGUGAAUGUGAGGCCAUCAUUCACAAGAGAAACAGAAUCUUGGGCGGCUACAAAUUAGCCCCCAUAGAUGUCAGGUCUCUCCCUCCAGAUAGAAGAAAAGCUGAAGAGAUAAUGUACCUGGACCUUAUUGGUGGCUAUCAGGCCAUGGCCAAUGAUCUGGAAGAUAAAAUGAUAAAAGCUAUACUUCAUAAAGUAACUCACGAUCAUUAA